AUGCAGCACAACGGUCACUCCCUCAGCAGCCGGUCACCGCCUGCAGCUAACAUCAAGUCGAUUCAGCACAACCGUAGCCAGAGCCAUGACCAAAAUCAGUCUCAUAGCCAGGACCAGGACUCUGACGACGGCAACCAGCUGCAAAGCGGAGACGAAAACGAUCUUGACCAAGACGAUCAGGAUGUCACCCGCCUUGGGAAGCGCAAGAGACCCAUAUCUGUCUCCCGCAAUGGAGCCUUGUGCGAGUACAAGGAGCGCAAGAAGCCCGGCCUCCGUGCUGGCUACGGCCGCGAGCUGGAGCAGCGACUAGACAAGCUUGAGGAGAUACUCAGAACUCACUCUGAGAUUCUCCAGGCGACUCUGACAUCCAAUCAACACCACGGCGUAGCCCCAAGCAUUCGGAAUAGCAAUCCAAGUCUGCCGAGUGAUCAUGGCACACCACGAGAGACCAAUGCCUUGUUUAGGCCAUCUGAGUCCCAUCGAACGCCGCAGGCGGAAACGGCUCUCUUCCUUCAGAAACCAUCAUCUUACCCCUCAACUUCACAAUCUAUGGAGUUCGGAAUGCCGCCUCCCACCCCAUCCAUGCACGAGUUCCAAGGUCAAAUGCCCAUGACCAGCAUGGCUGCACCCCCAAGCCAUAUCACUGCCAUGUCACACCCUAGCAGUGCGGCACAGGAAUAUUACGGCACAAACCAAACGCAAUUACAUUCUCCAGAUGUUGCCAUGGCACAAAGUCAGGCGUCAACGGCGCCAGACCAGGAGCUGCCGCCCUACGACCUGCUUUAUGCCCUCGUCGAUCUUUACUUCAAGCACAUCAACACCUGGUGUCCUAUUCUGCAUCGAAAGACGACCCUGGAUUCUUUGUUUGGCCCAUCCACCCUUGAAGAGACAGAUCGUAUUCUGCUUCAUGCCAUUGUUGCCACAACACUCCGAUACUCUACUGACUCAAGACUGACCGAGGAAAGUCGGCAGCAUUACCAUUCCAUAUCGAAGCAGAGGGUCUUGCUCUAUGGCAUGGAAAAUUCCUCUGUUAAGGCCCUUCAAGCCUUAGUAAUUCUUGCUCUGGAUCUCGUCGGUAGCAGUAAUGGCCCCCCUGGUUGGAACAUUAUGGCCCUCAUUACUAGGUCAGUUGUUCAGCUCGGGCUGGCCGUUGAGAGCACUUCCUUUUCAGUCUCGCCAAAUUUUACCUCCAUUUAUACACUGAGGGCCAUGAUUUUACCAGAACCCAAGGACUUCAUCGAGGAGGAAUCUAGGCGGCGGCUCUUUUGGAUGAUUUACCUUCUCGAUCGGUAUGCUACUCUAGCCACUGCCUUCGAAUUCGCUCUGGAUGACAAGGAAGUUGACCGGACCUUACCGUGCCGAGAUGAUCUAUGGAUCAAGAAUCAGAAAGUUGAAACCCGAUGGUUUAGGACCCAGGACCAUUCUGAGGACACGAAUCCUGAAUACGAGAUCAACAAGCCAGAGAACCUCGGUGCUUUCUCAUAUUACAUAGAGAUCUUGGCAAUACUGUCCAAGAUUCACAAGUUCUUGAAACAACCCGUCGAUAUAAGCGCUCUCAGCGACGUGGAGCAAUGGCAGAUGCGAUACAAGGAGCUCGACAACAUGCUCACAUCCUGGAAGUUCGGCCUUCCUGGGGAGUAUGGCAAUAUGGCCAAGUUAUUCCAGCCCGGUAAUAAGACGCUGAACUGCGGCUGGGUGAUGCUGCAUGCAACAUACCACACGGCUGUGAUCCGACUGCAUUCAUCGGCGGCGUAUCCGACAACUCGUUCGCCAAUUUUCACCCCCUCAUACAGUGCCUCGCAGCGCUGUCACGGGGCCGUCGAGAACAUUGCUGCGCUGGGUGAAUUCGUCGUCAAUAAUGGCCUUUUGGCAAAGCUAGGCCCUCCCUUCGCAUUCACCUUAUGGGUAGCCUCGCGUCUGUUACUAGUCCAUGGGUCUACCGUUGAGCACAAGCUCUCGCCUCAGAUUCAAUUCUUUGUCGAGACACUACGCGAAAUGGGACGCUACUGGCCUGUAGCUGCGCGAUACUGCGGCCUCUUGCAACGUGUUCUGGAUGAACAUCGCGACAGUGAGCGUCAAGGGGAUGGUGUCACGCCCAGUUCAGUUAAGAUACUAGCCGACAUGCGUCGCACAGCGUUUGACCUCGACUUCUUGAUAUCCCGUCAGCCCCGUGCCAACGGUAUGCCAAAUCACAGCCGGCUUCCCAGCGUCACACCAGCCAGAACACCAGCACCAAAUGAGCUCGAGUACCUGGACGUAUUCGACUUUUUCAACGUGCCACGCCUACCCGCUGGCAACGAGAUUCAGCAUGGCAUGAGCGGCAGUAACGGGCAGAACGGGACCACGUCGGGCAUGGAUGCUAGUAGUGAAAAUGGCGGAUCCAAUGCGCCACCAGCCCCGGGCAACGAGUUCAACAUUACGAAUUUCAUGGUUGAUGCCAACAGUGAUUGGCUCUUCAAGCAGGAGGGUGCCAAAUUUCUUUCAUGA